AUGGCCUCCCUCCGCGAGCAGCUGGAGAGCCUCGCGGCGCCGCCAGAGGCGCUCGACCCGGAGGAUGCCGACGCGUUCGGCGACGCCACAAACGCGGGGGCGGCCAAGAAAUCCCGGCGACGGCUGGACGUCGACACGCCGGACUUGGCCCCCGCCAAGGGCCGCCUCCGCCUGCGCGCCCCAGUGCCCGAGCUGGAGGGCUACGCCGGCAGGCGCGUAAGCCGCAGGGACGCCUUCGGGGAGGCAGAAGCAGACCCUGCUACCAGCAGAGCAAAGAAGAAGAGAAAGCACCAGGCUGAGGAGGAGAAAGAUGAGGUCUUCCCGGUCGUGCCCUCAGAGGAGGACGACGAGGAGCCCGCCGGCGCCAUCGGCGGCGUGUCGGCGGGCGGCUUCAGCAUCUCCGCCGAGCUCGAGAAGGAGUACGAGCGGAUGAUGGGCCGGGCCAAGCAGGACCUCGAGGUGAUGCGGCGGCCCGCGGAGGCGGAGGUGGAGCAGCGCCGCCAGGAGGCACAGUCGUUGAAGACGCAGCUCGAGGCCUGGAAGGCGCUGGUCGAGCUCAGGAUUCAUUUCGAGGGCUGCCUGUCCAUCGGGCACCGCCUCCCCGUCGUGGGAGCCGCCGGGAGCUCGGCGGCCGCCCGCGCGCUGCAAGGCCCGGCGGGCAUCGCAGCCGACGCGGAGGUCCGGGGCCUGCUCGGGACCCUGCUGGCGCUGCAGGAGGGGCUGGCCAGCAAGGCCGGCGUGAACGUCGGCGCGGGCGAGGGUGCCUUGAGCGCCGUCCCCGAGGGGGAGGAGGGAGGCCGCUCGGAGGCCGCCGCCUGGGGCCUCGUAGACGCCCGCGCGCAGUCCGUGCUGGACUGGGGCGUCGGGCUGGCCGACGAGUGGAAGGAGAAGACAAGGUUGGACGCCAGGCGGUCGUUCAAGGUGCUUGACCAGUCCCUCCGCACGCAGAUGCAGGCGGCGGCCGAAGUGGAGCCAGCGAAGCUGCGUAGGCGCUCCACGCCACCCCCCGGGCGGCACAGGGUCUUCGGCGCCGCGCCCGCGCAGGCCCCGGCGGCCGACGGCGAGGCGGCGGCCGCGGGCGGCGGCGUCGAGGGCGCCCCAGGCGAGGAGCAGGACAUCUUCGACGACCGCGACUUCUACGUCUCCCUGCUGCGGGAGGUGCUCGCCGACGGAGCGGGCGCCAAGGACGCCCUUGCAGGCGAGACCGCGGGUGCCCGGGAGAUCCGGCAGGAGGUUCAAGGCCGGCGGGCGAGCAAGAAGAAGUCGGGCGUCGGCGUCGAGCGGAGGGCGUCCAAGGGCCGCAAGAUUAGGUACGUGCCCAUCGAGAAGCUUCAGAAUUUCAUGGCGCCCCAGCCGCGCCCCGAGAGUGCGGACGGAGACGCAGGCCUCCUCGCCGGCUCGGCGGCCGUGGACGCCCUGCUGCGGCAGCCGGAGCGCCGCCGCCGCACCCUGCGGCCGGGGCCGUCGCGGCGCCUGCUCUGGCCCAGCCGCGGCCCGGGCGCCCGGUCGCAGGGGGUUCGAGGACCAAGGUGCCUGAAGGAUCCUCGAAAGGGCGUCGAGGAGGGCCUUUGCGGCAAGGCGGCGUCGGACGAGGCCGACGUCAUCGAUGUGCAGGGCAGUCGGCGCUCCCGCCCGAGGGCCGCCCCGGCGACGGUGAGCGUGUUCUCCGCGGGGACGGACCUGCACCAGGGCUACGCCGAGACGGAGAAGCUCUGCGCCGCGUUCGGCGCCGCGCUGGCGCUGGACCUGGCGGCGAUCCCGGUGCGCGAGUUUGGCGACGACGACGGUCAGGACCUGGACGUGAACAACUUGCCGCCGGACCUUCGAUCGCUGUUGACGGGCGGCGAGAGCAGCAGCGGCGACUCGCUGUCGCUCCUGUCUGGCCUGCCGCCCGCCGCCAUACCGACGCCCCCUGUGGCCGAGGUGCUCCAGAGCGCCCUGGACCCGGCCAUGGCGGCGGCGACCCGCAGCAACACGCCGCUGCAGGUGAACUUUGACCUGUUGAGGCAAUCGAGCACCCUGGCGGCCGGGGUGCCCCUGGCGAUGCAGCGCUCCGCCCGCCUCAUCGAGCGGGAGGUCUCCGCAGCGGCCGCGCACUUCGAGACCCUCGGCUACUGCGCCUCCUCGGGCAGCGGCAGCGGCUCCACGGCCGUCUCCCGGCUCGCGGCGCUGGCCGGCCUGCGCCCGUCGCCGCCGGCGACGGCGAAGGCCGACCAGGAGAUCGAGAGGCUCCUGAGGAGGACGAUCUCGAGCGACGACGUGGAGCAGUUCCUGUCGCCGGCGCCCCCCCCGCCGCAGCCCCCCGCGCCGCCGCAGCCCCCCGCGGGCGGGGCGGCGGUGCUCCGGCCGCUGGGGAGCGCCGAGCGCCGCCGCCGAGGGUGCCUGCCCCGCGGGCUGGUCAACCUCGGGAACACCUGCUUCCUGAACGCGGCCGUGCAGGCGCUGGCUCACUGCACGCCCCUGGCCGCGUUCGUGCUGCAGGGCCGCUUCACCGAGGACCUGAACCGGGCGAACCCGCGCGGCACCGGGUGCGUCCUGGCGACGGUGUUCGCGGCGCUCCUGCACGAGCUCUUCACGCUGCGGGCGCCCGGCGGCGCGGGCGCGGCGGAGGGCGGCGCGGAGGACGCACACCCGCAGCCGUUCCCGCCCUUCGAUUUCCUGUACGCUGUGGCGAAGUUCCACCCGUUCCUCGCGUCGGGGGAGAUGCACGACGCCCAGGAGCUGCUGUCGUGGCUGCUGGACGCCCUGCACGAGGACCUCAACCGCGUCCACGGGCCUCCCGGCGGCGGGGGCGGCCCGGCGGCGGCGGACAGUGCCCGCCUGGAGGCGCUGGGGCAGGAGCGCUGCGCUGCCGAGGCGUGGAUGGAGCACCUUCGCGGCAACCAGUCGGUCAUCGUCGACCUCUUCCAGGGGCAACUGCGCUCCCGGCUGCGCUGCCCCGCCUGCGGCGCCGUGUCGGUGACGUUCGAUCCGUUCCUGUCCCUCACGCUGCCGCUCCCGCACGGGGCGGAGAGCGCACAGCUGGAGGACCUGGUGGAGCUGUUCCGCCGCGAGGAGGUCCUGGACGGCGACAACGCCUGGGAGUGCCACGGCUGCCGACGCCGGGUCAGCGCCCACAAGAAGCUCGACCUGUGGAAGCUGCCCCCCGUGCUGUGCGUCAACGUCAAGCGGCUGGAGUGGGUGGAGGAAGCGCCGAUGCGUUACGCCAUCGACCACUACGGUGCGGCGUCGAGUUCCCGGUGCGCGGCCGCGGGGAGUUGGACCUCGGGCCGCUGGCGGCCCCAGAGGCGCCGCAGAAGGAUCCGCUGCUGUAUAGCUUGGUCGCCGUCGUGGACCACCACGGCGACCGCGCGGACGCUGGCCACUACACGGCCACCUGCCGCAGGCCCGACGGGUGGUGGCACUUCGACGACGCCCGCACGCGGCGGCUGCCUCCCGGCGCGCCCGUGGUGGGACCCUCCAGCUACGUGCUCGUGCUGGAGCGGGCAGGUGCCCCUCAGGAGCCGCCCGCGAUCAGCCGGCAGAGCACUGCGGCACCAGAGGCGUGGCCCCAUGUCGUGA